UUCUCAUUCCACUAUAUAAUACCCUUCUCACAUUUCCCCCAAUCCAUCAAUCAUUCUCAACAUUCAUAUCUCAUUUCCCUCCUCUUCUUCGCUCACAUCCAAUAUGCCUAAAUUUCUCAAUUUAAUUAUUUGCUUCUUACUUCUAACCAUCCCAUUCGCCACUUCAUCAAGAGUUCUUGACCAACUAACUCCACAGCUUCCUGUCUCCAACGAGUUGCCUGAUGAAAGUAACCUUGUAACCCUGCCCGAAACACAGCCUACCGCCACCACAACCACUUCAACCACCAAUGUAGCACCAAUUUCUGAACCUCCCAUCCUAGAAGAACCGGCCCCCGUCAUUGCACCCGUGCCACCACCAGUUACCACCCCUACCACCACUCCAACCACUGAUGUGGCACCGGUUGCUGACCCUUCUAUCGGGGAAGAAUCAGCUCCCAUUGUUGCACCCGUGCCACCACCAGUCACCACUCCUACCGCCACUGCAACAUCCGGUGGGGUUGCCACUGGCACAAACGGUGCCAUCUCGGACCACCCCACGUUGUCUUUCUUCAUGCACGACAUCCUCGGUGGCACGCACCCCUCUGGCCGAGUAGUCACCGGCGUCGUGGCCAACUCCGACGCCAACAACCUCCCAUUCUCCGUGCCCAACAACCAAAUCUUCCCCAUCAACGGUGGCGUCCCCCUCAACACCAUCAACGGAGUCAUCAACAACAACAACUACCCCUCCCUCGUCGGCCUCAACGGCUCCCCUACCAACACCCUUGUCCAAAGCAACGGCAACAACGUCGUCGCCAGCAACAACCAAGCCUUCGUGACGGCGGGGCAACUCCCAGCCGGCCUCACCCUCCAACAACUGAUGUUCGGGACCGUGACGGUGGUCGACAAUGAGAUCACAGAAGGGCACGAGCUGGGGACCUCUGUGCUGGGAAGAGCACAGGGCUUUUACAUGGUGAGCUCAAGCGACGGCAGCAGCCACACGGUGGCGCUGACGGUGGCAUUCCACGGCGGGGAACACGAUCAUGAGAUUCUUGAUACAGUGAGCUUCUUUGGGGUUCAUCGGACAGCCACGCCAAUAUCACACAUAGCCAUUGUUGGAGGGACAGGGAAGUACGAGAAUGCAAAAGGGUAUGCUACAAUUGAGACACUUCCACAUGAGGAUCAGCACACCACAGAUGGCCUUGAAACCAUUACUCAUUUCACUCUUUAUCUUACUCCUUAAUUAGAGCCUCUUUUUCCCUUCUUUCUUGAAUGAUUUGUGGGGUUUAAGUUACUGUGUGUUAAUGAUGAUGUAAGACAAAUUAAUGUUUGUGAUCAGUGUUAUAAGAAGAAAGUUUGUCCAAA